AACUCAACAACCAUCACCAAAACCAUGGGGAGAGGGCCCCACACAGCCAUUAUUGAGAUCUGUCUCCAAGCUCUAAUAAACGUGACCAGCCCACAUUCUAUGGUCCUAUAUAAAUGGGCAUCACUCCUUUUUCCACACACUCAACCAAACUUUUCCUUGUACAGAUCUCUGAAAAAAAAGGAAAAAGAAAAAUGGGUUCAAAGGCUCUUCUUCUUUGCAUUUCUUUGGCUGUUUUUCUCCUGGUUGGUUCUGAGGUUACCGCCAGGGAAUUGGCUGAGACCACUUCUGAAGCUUCAUUUGGCACGGAAAGCUAUGGCCAUUCUUGGGGACAUAAAGGUGGUCACAAUGGUGGGCAUUGGGGUGGACAUAAAGGUGGUCACAAUGGUGGGCAUUGGGGUGGCCACGGAGGUGGCAGUCAUGGCCACGGCCACCGCAAGCCCGGUCCCAGUGGAAGCUGCGGCAAUGCUGGUUGCUGUGGUGGCGCGAAUAGUCACGGAGUGUGCAAAUGGUGUUGCGCGGACAAGGGGGAGACCGCCGAGCCUUAAGCCAGCUCCAACUAAGCUUCACAACUAAAUCCAUGGCGUGUGUAGUGUUUUCAUUUUGAUUCUGAGCUGUAUGUGGGGUUUUAAAGUACUCGAAAUGGGCAAUCUGGAAUAAAAAUGUAGUGUAAAUCACGUUGUAGUUACUUCUUCUGCAAUGUGUUUGUGUUAAAUAAAAGUAGUUGAAGGGUCUCUUGUUUUUGGGUGGUUGUCAAGGGUCUUAAUCUCACAUGACAUGAAUAAAUUUAGUUGACUUUG